UAAUGACUGACACGUACCAUCUCCAGCGCAAAGAUAUUUGCAGUGGCAUGCCUAUUGUUGAACUCAAUAAGGAGUGGCCUUUUCUCUUAACCUGCAAGUGUCUUGUCAACCAUUUCCACAUGCUCACCGAAAUAAAUCUGCAGUCUGCGAUGGAGGUUUCGCUUCAUGCUAGGAACAAGGGUUGUCGCAUUUACGAGUACGUUUUGUCAGGGCCACAGAAAAAGAAGUCUGGGGAUCUGAAGCAGUGGAUUCGCAUCAUAAAGGCCGAGGUGGAGGAGACAAAAUCAACUGACCCUCAAUGCCAAGGUGUUUCCUUCCUGCUCCUGCACUACUUCGAAGAAGAAGAAGAUAGGCUUUUUCGCUUCUAUGGAGUUGAUGGUAAUAAGCAGAAGAUUGACAGUGACAAACUGAAGCCUCCUUCUCCAUUCAUUGCAAUCAUUGGAUCAAGGGAAGACAUGUUCCAGGGACAGAACCUGUUCUACUUGGUGGUGGAGGGGUCCGUUGUCAAUGAUCGAAUUGCCACCUUCAGUGAAGCUGUGAUUAGCCUCUUCUCAUGUUUUUAUACUCUUUCUUUAGAGUAUCCACCAGAGGCGGCAGUCACAAUGGAGUUUAUCCAAAGGGAACUGAUUGGCAUCAACCCAGAGGGGCCAGUAGGUGCAAAGAAUGGAGGCAAAAAGAAAAAGAAAUCUAUCGUCGCUCCCAAGAUUGUAGCCCUCCUUCGCGGGAUAAUGGAAUUCGAGUCGGACUGGCAUACAGAUCAGUAGAAGACUUGAUGCGAUCUGUCUGCUCAGGACAUUUGUACCCUGUAUCCUACACUGGAAUUUGAGGCAGACUGGCGUACAGAUCAGUUGAAGACUUGUUGUGAAUUGUUUGCUCAGGACAUAGACAUUAGAACCCUGUAUCCUGCACUUUAUUUUUUACAGAUAAUUUAUUUUUAUAAAGUAACUGUUUAUUUUUAUUUUUUUUUUAAUAUUUUUUUUUUUUGUAGUUUUAUUUCUACUGCAUGUAAAGGUGAUUCAUAAAAAAAUCCCCAACUUUGCUGCCAAUAGGCAACUUUGCAGGACCAAAUAUUGGUUAAUAAUAUAUAUUUAAAAAUAAUUCUAUUAAGUAGAGUUGUUGCGCCUGAUCAUGCACGUUAAAGCUAAUUUAUGCUUUACAGAUUUUGUCAAAAGAAGUUUACAGCUUGGCAACAUUUUUCAUGCAAGAUGUCAAAUUUUUCACAAAUACUACAUUCCUCCAGCAAUUCAUUUGUAACUUUGCCCCUCCAUUGGCAGCAUAUGAAAAUGUUAUUGACCAGAAUGUGGUUCUGACCUAUUGGCAGAGAUAUAAGCCCUUUAAUUUUUGGAUGUUUCCUUUUUAAUCAGCCAACGUUUUUUAAAUGUUCUGCGCCUUGUGAGUAAUGCUGGUACCAGUGUUAUACCUUGCAAUGCUAUGGUAUUCGAUUAUGGAGGAGGCUGUGUGUGUGCGUCUGUGGAAGGGGUGUACCGAGGACACACAUGUGACCACACACCCUCCAUCUGAGGACAUAUGUCAUACCGAGGACGUCCUCGAUUAAAAUCUCGCUGAAAAAUGCUAUCUGCAACCCCGUCUCAUUCUUUCUCGCCGAUUCUCGAUGCAAAAAAAACGCGUCCUCGUUUGUGCCAUAUUUUGCAGCCGUUGGGUGUGUUGACUGCCACACGGGGGCCACGCUGUG